CCAGUCAGAGGGCAUCGUUCCUCAGUGUUUUUAACCGUUGAUCUGUUAACUUUAGGAUUGCCUUUUUGUCUGGAUCCGACUCACAGAGAGCGAGAGGGAGAGAAGGAUAAGCGCGAGAGGGGAGCGUGUGAUUGAGAGAGAGACGGAGAGGAAACGAGAAGCCUCCAUGUUUCAGCUGCCUAUCUUGAAUUUUAGCCCCCAGCAGGUUGCGGGGGUUUGCGAGACCCUGGAAGAGAGCGGGGACAUUGAGCGCCUCGGUCGCUUCCUCUGGUCUCUGCCCGUCGCCCCCGCAGCCUGCGAGGUCCUCAACAAGAAUGAGUCGGUGCUUAGGGCGCGGGCCAUCGUGGCCUACCACACCGGGAAUUUCCGAGAACUUUACCACAUCCUGGAGAACCACAAGUUCACCAAAGAGUCUCACACUAAACUACAGGCCCUGUGGCUGGAGGCGCACUACCAAGAGGCAGAGAAGCUGCGGGGCCGCCCGCUAGGUCCAGUGGACAAAUACAGGGUGCGGAAGAAGUUCCCUCUACCCAGAACGAUAUGGGACGGAGAGCAAAAGACCCACUGCUUCAAGGAGAGAACCCGACAUUUGUUGCGAGAAUGGUACUUGCAGGACCCUUACCCGAACCCGAGCAAAAAGAGGGAGCUCGCGCAGGCUACUGGACUUACUCCCACACAAGUCGGAAACUGGUUCAAAAAUCGUAGACAAAGGGAUAGAGCGGCGGCUGCGAAAAAUAGGUAUGUAUGCUGCAGUCUGUAGCCUACCUUUGUAUUUUAUCAACGAUGGUCUGAGGUUGUUACAACAUUUAUUGUACAUUUUUUAACAAAAAUGACCCUGCAUUGUGACUGCAUCGCAGUCAGCCUAUGCACUUGCAGCAAUUAUUCGGGCAAAAAUGUACAUCUAAUUGUUUGAAUUAGGUUAUGUUGUUUUGAGUAAACAUUGAAAUAGAGUUGACUAUAAUAUAUAAAAUGUCUACCCUAUAGUUCAGUUACCUUUUUCAUAAAUAAUCUCAACGGAAAUGACACCAUAAACGCUGUAGCCUGUUGAAAUUAAACAAAAUGUAUGACAAACUCCAUUGUGAGACUAGCCCUUGUCAUUUUCAUUGCAAAGUUGACAAUAUAGAUUUGCCAAUAAUGGCUACCCCAAAUAUCAUAACACAGAACGAACCAUAACAGUGUAAAUACGAUCACAGAGUUUCCCAAAUUGACCAUUAUCUAUGGUAGCCUAUAUCCUUCCCAGGAGCAAAACUGGUCAAGCAUAUAGGGCUAUAGGCUACUCCCCGAGUCAGUGUCUCAAUAAUUCCGUUCAGAUUAUCCGUAUUUUUCCACAAUGCAUUUUGUUUGUAUUGACAGCUGUCUGUGUAGGCCUAAGUCUUUAAACAUAAUUUAACAACACACAUGCAAUAUGUCUGAAACAUUUUUUAUUAUUUUACAUUUUUCACAUUUUAGAUUUUAGUAGACGCUCUUAUCCAGAGCGAUUUACAGUUAGUGAGUGCAUACAUUUUCAUACUGGCCCCCCGUGGGAAUCGAACCCACAACCCUGGCGUUGCAAACGCCAUGCUCUACCAACUGAGCUACACUAAUUGAAAGACAGAAAUACAGGAGCCCUCCGAUAUAUUAUUUGUUAAAUCAUAUCUAAUGUAAUUUGUGCUGAUCAACUCAUGAAGGUAGCAGGUGUAUUGAAUAAAUCUAAAUUAUUUCCUUUUAAGAAGAUAUUGGAGUUACAAGGCUAGUCUGUCUAUCUAUAAAGUGUGCUCAAUCCAUAAAAUGGGCUGGGGUUACUGUGUGUUGCUUGUGUUUGUGUGUUUACUAUCAUAAAAUUGCAUUUUUGGGCUCCUAGUCUGGCACUUGUGCAUCGGAUUGCUGGGCUACAGCAAUAAUUAUGUUUCAAUUAAGGAUUUACUUUGACAGAACUUAUUCGUAUUGGAUUGUGGUUAAUUCUAGUUUGCCCCUCAACGUCUGUCUUUUACCCAGGCUACAGCAAGGGAUGUCCCAAGGCUCGGUUCGGUCUUUGGCAGAUGAUGAUGGAACCGUCGAUCGACUCGGUCCAGCCUCCAGUCCCGAGGCAAGUCUGUCAAGCAAAGCCGCCACCUCGGCUAUCUCUAUCACUUCCAGCGACAGCGAAUGUGACAUCUAAUGGCGCACAAGGCAGUCCAGAGGAGGAAGAGGAUAAAUUGACAGGAGAUAAAUGAAGGAGAUCCUGAAAGACAAUCUAACAUAAAAACAGUCAUAGUGCCUGCGUUUGAAUUGAAAGAAACUGUUCUUCUUUGAUGACUGCCAAAACAUGAGGGUUCUGACGGAAUGCCCUGUCUUAAAGCUAUAGCCUGCUUUCAUUUUGUUUUCGUUUUCAACUAUGGAUGACUGAAGCUAAUACAAGCUGAAAGAAAAUGUAAAGAAAAAACAUAUUCAUAUUCACGAUCCCUUUUUAGGGAGGACUAAUAAACCAAUGCCUC